CAGGGCCGCCCGGCGGCAGCAGGUGGGAGCGGGGCUGUUGAUAUCAAUAUGGCGGUUGUCAGCCAGACAAAGACAGUCAGUCUGAUGUGAUUGAGACAAGGGAGGUUUUCAGGGGGAGACUGGGAGAUAGGGGCCUCCCCUCCCCCUUCUCCUCUUCCUGCGCCGGCCUCAACCCCUCCCCAGUACCCUCCCGACUGGCGCCCCACGCGGAAGACACCCCUCCCCCUCCCGCUUUCCCCUCCUCCCUGCCUCAGCCCUUCGUACUGGGACGUUGGGGAGGGGGCUGUGCCGGGCGGAGAGAACUCAGCAAGGAUUCUGAGAAUGGUUAAUAACGGUGAUCAUCUCUACGAAGGAUAUUGAUUCACCUCAUGUAAAGUAUGCUUAGUUCCUUUCCAGUGGUUUUGCUGGAAACCAUGUCUCACUAUACAGAUGAACCCAGAUUUACCAUAGAGCAGAUAGAUCUGCUUCAGCGCCUUCGGCGUACUGGAAUGACUAAACAUGAAAUUCUCCAUGCCUUGGAAACUUUGGACCGUCUUGACCAAGAGCAUAGUGACAAGUUUGGAAGAAGGUCCAACUAUGGAGGAAGUUCUUAUGGGAAUAGUACCAACAAUGUUCCAGCAUCUUCCUCUACAGCUACAGCUUCCACACAGACCCAGCAUUCUGGAAUGUCCCCAUCUCCUAGCAACAGUUAUGAUACCUCCCCACAACCUUGCACUACCAAUCAAAAUGGGAGGGAGAAUAACGAGCGAUUAUCCACGUCCAAUGGAAAGAUGUCACCCACUCGCUACCAUGCAAACAGCAUGGGUCAGAGGUCUUACAGUUUUGAAGCCUCAGAAGAGGACCUAGAUGUAGAUGAUAAAGUGGAGGAAUUAAUGAGGAGGGACAGCAGUGUGAUAAAAGAGGAAAUCAAAGCCUUUCUUGCCAAUCGGAGGAUUUCCCAAGCAGUUGUUGCACAGGUAACAGGUAUCAGUCAGAGCCGGAUCUCUCACUGGCUGUUGCAGCAGGGAUCAGACCUAAGUGAACAGAAGAAAAGAGCAUUUUACCGAUGGUAUCAACUUGAGAAGACAAACCCUGGGGCUACACUAAGUAUGAGACCAGCCCCCAUUCCAAUAGAGGACCCAGAGUGGAGACAAACACCUCCCCCAGUCUCUGCCACAUCUGGCACCUUCCGACUACGACGAGGGAGUCGAUUUACCUGGAGAAAGGAGUGCCUGGCUGUCAUGGAAAGUUACUUCAAUGAGAAUCAAUACCCAGAUGAAGCUAAGAGAGAAGAAAUUGCCAAUGCUUGCAAUGCAGUUAUACAGAAGCCAGGCAAAAAACUGUCUGAUCUGGAACGAGUUACCUCCCUGAAAGUAUAUAAUUGGUUUGCUAACAGACGGAAGGAGAUCAAGAGGAGAGCCAAUAUUGAAGCAGCAAUCCUGGAGAGUCAUGGGAUAGAUGUACAGAGUCCAGGAGGCCAUUCCAACAGUGAUGAUGUUGACGGAAAUGACUACUCAGAGCAGGAUACUUGGCAAGUACGCAAUGGGGAGGAGGAGGAGGGAAGAAGUUCAGAGGGAGGCAGAGAAGCAGAGAAGGAUGACAGCACUAGCCAUAGUGACCACCAAGACCCCAUCUCAUUAGCUGUGGAAAUGGCAGCAGUCAACCAUACUAUCUUGGCAUUGGCCCGACAAGGAGCCAACGAAAUCAAGACAGAGGCCCUGGAUGACGACUGAUCAGGGAGGGUUGAACAGGAGAAGUUAACUUAGUUUAGACGUAGCACCUUAGCAGACUUUCCUCGGUCCUUAACAUGUGUUCUUACAGUAUAACUUGCAGUUUCUUGUAUGUCAGUUAGCUGUUAGGGUCUUGUUCUGUGAAGAUGGCAUGGUGCCCUCAGCCUUUGCAUAUACUCUCUCAGUAUUAAUUCCCAGUAAAUAAUAACCAACCAACCAACCAAACUUCCCUCUCCCAGCCCCCGAGGCUAGAAAAUCUUGCUGCUCUGUCUUAGCAUUCCAAGAAAGUGCUUCCAGGUAUUUAGAUAGCCCUCAGUUCUCCAAUAUUAGGCUACGUGUAAAACCUUGGGUACCUUUAGAUUCCUGUAACACUAGUCUGUACCCUUUUCCUUCCCCAAGACUGAUAGGAUGCAAGCUGAGGUAGUGUGGCCCAGGAUUGACAGACACCAUGUGGGGAGUAUCCGCAGAGUAAAAGGAACACUAGAAUUCCCACUCAGCAUGGGAAUCAUUGAUUUCCAGCUGCAAUAAGCCGUGCCUCAUAAUAGUCACACUGUGGCUAGAAUAUACUUCUUUGGGUGCUGUGCUAAGAAUGUCCAUGGAAAAACUUGAUCUCAGAUUUUGGUUGAUGUUAACAUGCCUGACACAGACAUCCUUUUCUCUCACAAGCUGUGUGACUUAGUAGAUAAAAUACUGCCUUCUGCCUUUGGGACCAUGAUCAAACAAACAAAAAGACAAAAAACAAAAGUCAUUUAAAAAAAAAAAAAAACCCAGCUUGAGAGCAUUGGAAAAACACGUGAGCUGAAUGUCUAAUGGAUGUUAAGUCCAGUUCUCAGAACCACUGUACAUUGCGCGGCACAGGUGUGCCUGCCUGGAGAAGUGCUGGAGGCCAUCAUGGAAGCUGCUCUGCCUCCUGUUUGUGCCCCCUUUCCCUGCUACCAAAAAAGUCUUUCAAGGAUGGAGCUAAGGUCACAAAUGAGUGAAUGAACUUCCAGUCUUUGUAUCCAUUAACUGAAGCCCCCUCAAUACGAGAGGUUCAUAGAGGACUUUAGAGUGGGAUUAUGCUGGCUGACUAUCACAAAUGCAAAUACUUUCCUACAUAGGAGCAGAAAAAAGCAGGGGACAAUUGCCACUUACGUGGUGGGUCUUCGAGAUACAACGUGAUGUGACUGCUUUGGUGUUCUCUUUACUCUGUCCUUGUAGAGGUGUGAAAAGCUAUAUUGCUACAGGCAAUUUAUUUAAUAAUUGGAAGCCAUAUUGAUAAUGGAUGUGGUAAUAUUUGUAAAGUUAAUCUACUUUAAGCGGCAGUAACUAAUGGAAUUUUUUUCCUUGAUCACAUAUGUAGCACUUUUGUUACUUUUUAAAGAUAUUUAUAUUUGAUAAAUCUUUUUUUCAUUUUGAGAACUCAAAAUACCAAACAGUGAACUUGCGUUAUAAAGUCACCCUGUGAUCACCUUGUCAUCUAGUAGCAAAAUGAUGAACUAUUCAUGCAUCAAAGAAAAUUACAUCUGCUGGCCUUGUAUGAAAAUGAUCUCUUGGCAUCCCGAUUAAGUGACACACUGUCACUGCGGGGAAGAGGAAGCCGCCUUCGAUGUAGCAGCGUAGGGUGCGUCUGAAGGAGGCAUGACUGCUGUAUAUUUUCUGCCUCGUUCCAUCUCCUUUCUACGCACAGUGAAGCCUUGUUUAAAGGGGGAUGUGGGGCUGGCUAUUAAACAGGGCUUCUGUCUUGUCGUCCGUUACCUGAAAAUGAUUUCUAAGGUGGAAGGAAGGUGCCAUUUCCUUACCUCCUCACCCCUCCUCCCCCACCAAACGUAUUCAGCCUAAAACCAUUGAGAGAGAGACUGACUGACCUUCUUUGUUUUUCCCUUCCUCGUUAGUGAGAUAUUAAAUAUCCACCAGUUUUUAGCUGGUCUGACUGGACUUAAGGCACAUGCUGACGAGGUCUUCUCCGUAUCUGUUCAUCCUGCUUAGGCCAGUGUGGAAGCCUCCGAGAGGGCAUGAAGAUGCCACCUUAUAUGGAUCUGUGACUGUAAAGAGCUGUGGGCAGGGACUGGGCCUGCUCUUGUUUGUGGAUUUCAGGCAGAAAAUGUAUAUACUUCUUCCAGCUUCCAAGAACUGAAGUAAAAUGGGGUAGUCUCUUCUGUUUUACUGUAUUACUUGAACCAACAAAUUUAAGAGUAGCAUUUGUUAUUCUCAGGAAUGAUCCCCCUGCUCAUUUUCUUUCUUGGUGUGUUUGACUUUUUAUUUCAAUUAGGAGAUUAUGUUAUCUUUCUUUCCUUUUAUAUUACAUAGAAGAAAUAUAACAUAUUGUAUCUUUCCAUUUUGGUGGAAUUUUGUCUGCUUAAUCUCAGUUGACUGAGAAAGAAAAGAGAGAAAACUAUACUGUCUGACAAGCCACAUCCAUGAUUUAUUUUAAGGAGAUUAUUAUAAUUGAUAGCUUCUUUAUGAUGGGAUUGCUAGUAUCAUUUGUUCUUGCUGGUCUUUUUAAAGAAACAGACUCGAACUGUUAAGACAGCUGCAGUUUCUAAAGAAAUACAGUGAUUGCCAGAGAAGAGCUGAAAGGUUUCAUUGUUUUAAGGCCUUAAGAAGGGAAAAAAGCUUCAGAGAAUAAAGGAGAGUCAGUAUCUAUGAAAGCACUACUGGACCCUAUCUGGCAACCUGGAAAAAGUGAAAGAACAUGUCUACCAAUGCAGGAUAGCCUCAUAUUGGGUUCAGUAGGAACAGGAGGAAGGAAUCUUUCAUCCAGAAUUCUUCUUUUAAUUGAAGAAGACUGCUGGCCUGCUCUUAAGACCCGCUGCCUUACAUAUAAUUUUUGCUUUUUCACCAAGAGCAAAAACGUAGUUCUUUGGGGCCUAGAUUUAAAUCUGCCACUGGUGGUUUUUUUUUUGUUUAGGGGUUUGUUAUUUUUUGUUUUGUUUUUGUCACCAGGUUGAAUUCUUUCUUAUCCAGGCUACCUUAGUUCUUAUAAUGGCAAAUGGAGUUGCCACUGUCUAAUUUGUAAUAUCUUUGGAUAGUGAAUUUGUUUUCUUAAGCUUUUUCAGAUUUGGUGGUAUUUAAAUAGAAACCCUAAACUGCUGUCUUACUGAAGGGAAAAGAGCCUGGCUCUUAAAAAAAUCACAUUCUGUGCUUUUUGGUUGUUGUGUCCCUCUUCUCUUACGCCAUACUGUACUUCCCUCAGGCCCCAGAGGACUGUUUCAGGACUGCUCUUCCCUAGUAAGGAAGACUGGGGGGGGGGGAUGGGGAACCUUGUCGGCAGUUCUUGUAACUUGUCUGUUAUUUUUUUUUAGAAAAGACACUUUCGUUGAAUUACUAUAGUCACAUGGGUAAACUACUUCUCUUGCAAUACAGCCUUACAAAGGGACCUUCGAAAGAUGGACCAUUCCUAGUGAGAUUUCUGCCUUGCUGUUGAUAACCCUAACGUAGGACGAAGGCCAGCUGUGACCUUCUGGUGCCAGUCAGUACCAAAUAGACAGUUUUGUUUAUUUCAGGUUUAUUUCAGCAAAGCUUAUAAUUGUUGAGUACCCCUUAGGGCAAUUUUCUUCACAGUCUCAGUCCCUUAAAGUGGGUGAUAAGUGUGGUCACCUUCCACCUACCUAGGGAAUCUGUCCAGUUCCCACACACUGUCAUUGGGUGGGACAGCCCCCCCCCCACAUUCUCCUAUUAUUCCUUCACAGGAAGAAGGUUCCUGGAACAGGAAGAGCCCUUUAAGGUACCUUUCACUCUAGCUCAGUAGAGGUGGCCACCUGAAAAGAUUUGAGUGAGGAAGCAGCUCAUCACCACUGGAGUGUGCAAAUCCAGUACCCCAGUUCCUGGUGGAUCUAGGAUGGCAGGCAGUCCAGUGACCAGCAGCACCACUGUUGGGGCCAGAUAUCCACAUAUAUUUUUUACCUCAGAGGGGACAACUCAUGAAGAGCUCAUUCAUACACUUGUUUCAGUUCUCCCUAUUUGGCCUUUGUCUUUACACACUUCCUUCCUGGAUUCCAGCUAUCAGGCACCAGGUGUAAAUAGACUCAUUUCAUCAUAGACUCAUUUCAUCAGGAAUCUCCAGUUGCUUCAUCUCCGUCUGUGAACAGCUUCUCUUCCAUUUGCCUCUGGCCUCUGAUACUAAGGCCUCAUCUUGAGCUGACAUCUUUGCUGGGGUUUUUAUGUUCCACAGUAGGCAGAGUAGGUGGGUGUGGUCCAUCUCUUCACACAAACACUUCCUCCUGUCUUGCAGGCCAUCUUUUUGACCAGCUACAUAUUCCACUGACCAGCCGCAUUAUCUCUGCCCAUAACAGUGGAAAUAAUCCCUUCUUCAUACACGAUCCUCCCACCCCUGUCCUAAAAAUGUGAACUUCAAGUCCUUACUCUCUUGGUCUUAAGAAGGGUUUGGGUAGAAGCAGUCUUCCCAUUUAACUUGUGGCUCUGACUUUUAAAACUGCUUUUUGUCUUUUCUUGUUCAGAGAACAACCAGAGUAUUUUUCCCCACAAUGAGUCUCAACAGAUUCUUAGGCAAUAAUUUUUCUUGUUAUUGAUGAUCUUGUGCUCAGUAGCACUCUACACUGAAUAGUCCUGACCCUUCACAUUGUACGUUGGUUUUCUGUGUUAAUCUCUGUCUGUGAUUUAAAUCUUAGGUCAGAGUGGUGAUAGAUUUUGUCAUUUUGUUGUUGUGAUUAUUAGUAAUGUUUUACUACUGUAUUCAUUGGGGCUGCAUUGAGACCAGCCAAAUCCAUUUAUAGCUUUACUGAGCCGGAUUUGUUUGUCAAGAUUUCCCAAGCGGAAGUUGGACGCACUGACCAGCUCUGCUGGUGGCGUCUGUGUGGGGCAUAGGGGUGGGGUGGGGGAUGCACUGGGGCAGGGGUGGGAAUUACACAUUUAAAACAUUCCUUUUUGUGUGCUCUCUAAAUAGCAAGGAUGUUUACUCAGGAUUCGGGGAUCAGUUGUCAGCCAUAUUGCAUUUGGCUAACAGAGCUGCAUGUCCUGAAAACCUUCCUGUUUCUAAAUUUCUGAACUGUCUAAUUUACAUUACUUUGUUAUACCUAAGUUUUCCAGUUUGAAGGUAUUGCGCCAUAAUGAGAACAUGAGGUUUUCCCAGGGAGGCAACUCUGAGUGACCAGGUUAUCCUAUAAGGAUUUCCCUGACCAUAGCCUGUUAUCAAAGCAGAGCCCUUUUCUUUUCUGGCACCGCCAUCUCCUCUUUAUAUGCUCUUCUUUUCAAAAGAUGACUAUCACUUAAGAGGAAAGAUUUCUUUACCACCCUCAGGAAAACUACCCUACUGAGGUGGUGGGAAAGGCUUUUUAAAUACAUCAAGCCUACAAGUCCCUUUUCUGAUUACAGAAACUCCUCUCACAAACAGGUUAUGUUCAGAAAAGGUGUUCUUAAAUCUCUUUACUUAUAAGCUAAAAGUGAUAAGCUACUGCAUUUGCCAUCUUAGAGGACCCAUCAGUGGUUGACUCGCUUACUCUGAAGUGUAACGUUGUUCCUAUUUAUGGAUGUUCAAAAGCUGGAAGUUCAUAAACUGUGAGGCCUCUACAUCAGCUUCAUUGUUCUUUCUUGGUGGAGAUGAGAAGCAGUAGCAAAGAGAAAGCUAACGAUCUGAGGAACCCGCUUUCCUAUAACAUUAGUUUUCCUUUGUAAUUAAGAGGGAAAUAGAUAUGGUGGAGAAGAGAGGGAUGCUCUGGCCGCACCAAAGGAUCUUACACCCUGUUCUUAUCAUCACCCAAGGACCUUGAGGAUGUAGUAGAUGUCAUGGGUAACAAAGUACAGAUCACUGGACUUCUUUUUUAGCUUCACAUGACACAUGACACUUGGGGCCAAGCAGUGAGCAGAACUAAAUCCAGUCAAUUCCAUUCAGGUGAAGUCUAACUAGCAUGUUACACCACUGACCGCUAACCAGCCCCAUUCCACGCGCCUUAGUGCAUUAGCCAGUGCAGCGCCCUAACAGCAAACAAGGGUGCAUCUGCAGGAGGCUUUGCCUUGCUCUCCUGACAUCCUUUUACUUGGCAAGUUUGGGGAUUGACUUGGACAGCAGCACUGUGCCCUCUCCGGGGUGUCUGAGCCCCACGGUGCAGCGGCGUGGGGCCGCUGUCGAGCGUGUGUGGUCCCCGCGGCUGCCGGACGCUGACCUGAGUAGGGUGUGUGUGCACAGCUCGGCUCCCAGUUCAGACAUCUCAGGGUGCCGCUCCCUUAACUCCAUUUGCAUUUUCUCUUUUAAUGAAAGUGGCUCCGUACAUCCAUAAUUAACUCUCAAAUUCACAUUGGUGUGCUGUGAUCAAAUGAAGGUUUGCCUGAAUCCUUUCAAGUUGUAACCAUGGUAAUUGCAGGGGGUGGCACAGAAUGAAUAUAAAAAAAUAUAAUGACAAUUGUUCUGAAUGACUGAGUGUCCUCCUGACAUGUAAUUAGCUGUUUUAGCAAGAUGUAGAUUGGCAUGGUCAUAAUUAAAAGGAUUUCUGUCCUUUAUGUGAUUGGAAAUGGCAGAUCUCCCAUUCCCUGUUCCCUUUUAGCACGAAUGCUCCCAAGAACAUUUGGAACAGCAACUCAGUAAACUAAAAUAAUGACAUGGUGUUCAUGUCCUCUCCUUAGUGAAAGAGAAGGAUUUGGAGUUAUUUCAGCCUCAGAAUGGAAACCGUUGCUAUUGCUCCCCAUUUGACUUCUACAUUAUUUGAAGCCUCUGCCUCACAUCCAGUUUCAACCUGCUCCACCUUUGGUGGAGACUACAGCCAGAAUCCCAAACUGAUUGAACCCCUGACAAGGCCUCCAUGACUCUGUCUGACUUGCUAGCCAGCUAGCAUAUUGUGCGGCCUAACUUGAGGACGUUUACUGCUUAACAAGCUCCCCAGGUUUUUAAUUCUUUCCCUGGUUACUUGGUAUUUCUACUGUCAUCACCAUCAGAAAGUAUCAAAUGGGAAUUUACACAUUUUCCUCAUUGGAUCAUACGAUGUACAUCAGACAUGAUGCAAACACAUACAAACACAUAUGGGCUUUAAGCAAUUAUGUGGCAUAAUUGGAGUCCUGAUAUUUGCAUUGUCCUGAGGUUACUGGAUACACGUGCGUUCCCCAACACCGCUCUUACACGGCAACUACCAACUUCCUUGUAUCGGCAGCCUUUUCUUAGCCAGAGUUUUCUCUCUUGUUCUGCCAAGUUGGUGGGAUUGUCUCUCUAGCCCUUCCAAGUCGAUGUUCUCUUUCUCUCCCUUCCACUUUUCUUCCUUUCUCUUCAUCCACCUUGUCCCACCCACUGAGCAUUGGGUGGUCUUGACGCCUUACGCAGGCCCCUGCCCAGGAUGCCUGCUGUUCUCCCUGCCGAAGCCUCCCACUGGACCGGAGCUGCUGCGUCUUGAUCUAGAACAUGCUUUUGUUUUUUUAGCACUUGCAGAAGUCUUCAUUCAGUUAUAUCAAGAGUUAGUCUACGCAAAUACCAGCGUGGUGCCGAGUGUCUCCUCGAGCUGCUCCUUUCCUGUAUGGUUCCCAGCUGUGCUCAGGAGCCUGGCCGGUGAGCCUUUUGUUCAUGUUUUGCUGCUUACCCUCAUACAGACCUUUUCCCCUGCCCACGUAUCUAUCAGAAGGGAUCCUAACCAAAUGCUAAACUUCAGUUUGAAGAAAAUGCUGAGGUAGGCUGCUUCUCUAUAACUGUUCUCUCCCCCUGUACACACACACACACACAGAAUUUGGGAAAAGGUUCUGCCUUAGGGUCUUUUAUUCUUUUUCCCCUCAAAAAUACGUCCAAGUGUAUAGUAGUUGGGCUAAAUCAGGAAAAAUGCCAUUUAGAGUUCUUACCCAGUGCUUCUCUUCUUAUAUGAUCUAAAAGGGACUUUCAGCCCCACCCCUAACACGCCUGCUUUCAAGACACAUCGCGCUGUCGUUUAGACUUUCUGUGGGAUCCUGUCAGUCUUCUGACAGUUGGAAUGAUCGUGAAUUUAUGACCCCAAAGAGCAGAGUAUCCCAUCCCUUAUUUUCUCAGCUGCUGAAACAUAACUAUCUCCAUUACAAUUGAGAAUCUGUCUUAAGAUCUGCAAUUCUGAGAACUGACUAGAUGAGUAUAAUUCUGUGAUUUGUGAGACAUGCAUUAAAACAGCCAGCAGAACAUUCUGAUUAUCUGCUUACAUUCAAAGAAAAUAGAAUUAUCACUGCAGUUAAAACCUUCUAACACAAUCUACUAUUUUAGGGAUCAAAGGAUUAGAUGUGCUGCUUAAGGAAUGGUGCUACUAAAAAGAACUGGAGUUGGCAAGCCAUCUCCCUCCCCAGGUGUUUCCAGAGGCUACUUCAGUGAUUCAGAACGCCGUACACCAUAAAUGCCAGUACCACCAGCAGCCCCCACUAAAAAGAAAAAAAAGCCAACUCACCAAAAUCCAUGAAAACAUAGGUAGUCCUUACCCAUGAAAUACGUAUUUUUUGGAAGAAAACGCCAGACGUUGCUCUUACAAGAAAACAGAGUAAAGACGUCAUUCUAAAUCAUGAUGCAACAGGAGACAAACAUUCAGAUCUGAAGCAUUCAGAGCUCAUAAUAGCGGCUGACAUUUACUGAGCAUGGACUUCGUGCCAGGCACUGUGCUGAGUGUUCUGUCUCGUUUAUUCUUGAAGAUUCAGACCCACACUGAGCAGGACCACCUUAAUGGGGAAGAGUGAGCUCUCAGUUGCUGCUUUCAUCUUAGUAGGAUGUUCGUUGGAGAAUGGACCACGGAGUCUGCCUGGCAUUGCUCUGAGUGAAAUCACUGCAUUUAACCUGUUCUGUUUUCUCAUACGACCACGCUGGAUAGUUCCUGCCAGCCCCCUGUCCCAAUGCGGUCAUCUCUCUGUGCCCUUCAUUCCCUCUGACACUGAACUAGUGUUACCUUGAUGACCCAGACAUGAGAGCAUCUUCCCCUUGGCCUUUCUCCUUGCUUAGUGAUGGUAGAAACCUAGUGACCUCAGGGAGGCUCCGCAGCUGUGAUGUGAAACCCCUUGUUUCAAGCAUCCGGUCUACAGAAGGCAAAUGUGAACUGCCUAUUUGGGGGGAAGAAACAGUAUGUCUGUCUCAUCUGUGUUUUGAGGAGAAGUAGAAUUUAUUAACACUCCUUGGGUGUAGUUCUAGUUAGUUGAGGCAGAAAAUGUUAAAAAUCUCACACACUUCCUGUUUUCUCGCUAGCUUUUCGAGCUUCUUCGUAGUGCCUGUUACUUUAAGGCCUCCUGCUUCUGCACAGAAGUGUUUAGCUAAGCCAUUCCAACGCAUUCUGCUGUCACGUCCGUCACAGUUAUGAGAGGCAGUGGGGCUGAGCCAGUAGGAGGUUCUGGAACUCUGGUAUUCAUGUCUGCCCUGCAUGGAGACAGGUGCAGAUUUGGGCUUAGAUGUGGGUUUCUAAUAACCACAGUCUGGCACGGGCAAGCCGCCUCGGGGUUCAGUGACUACUGUCAGGGCCACCGGCUCCAAGCUGACCUGAGGACAGGACUGAAAUUCCAUGUUUCUCUCCCCCUCACUUCUCCAGCUCUUUUGUCUUGCAAAUAAGUAGUUCUCAGGCGCUGGCUGUCCCCCUCUCUUUUCAUCCACUCUGUCGUGUCCUAGGCAUCAUUGAAGCCCAAGAGAGUGGAACCCGCCCCAGAGGAAAGCCCCCCAUUGGAGUGGCUGCGUGAGUGGAUCCACCAGGUUGACUACUUGGGAUUUGUGGCCGCUGUAAUAGUACCUUGUUUCAUUAGCUGACUAAUGGGGUUUUUUGAUUAUCUAUUCCCUCCCACCAAAAUAAAACCCACAAAAACCCCAUCCUAAUGUGAAGGGAGCAAGGUACGUGUGCCUUCCAUUUAGCUGUUGAUACAGAUUUGGCAUCUCUGGUGCCAGUUGGGUGCCACUGAAAUUUUGGAAUGGAGACAUUAACUCCGUCCUUGGAAAGAGCACGUGACUCUUAACCAACCAGUAUACGUGGCAGAGAUGAGUCACAAGAUUUGUGUUGCCUUUAUAAUUUUUCCAGCUUCCCAUCACUUCAGGUCAAGUCGAAAUUUCAGUCUUGUUUUCUGGCUUCCUUUAAGCCCAGAAACCGCUCCCCUUUUGUUGCUUUACUGGAACUAAGAGCCCAGCAUAAACUUACGAGGGUCAUUUUUCCACUUCAUCAUUCAUUGAAACUAUUAAACUGGAAACAAAACGACAUUAGUGCUGUAUUAAUGUAAACAGCAGCCACUCUAGUGAUAUUACAUUGAACUCUUUUGUUUUUAUGCCAGAUUCAUAGGCGGGGUAGGCAGCGCAUACAUUAGCAGAGUGGAUUGAAUGAAGGUGAGAGCUCAGCUGUGGGCUCCUUUCAAGAGCAUUAUUGUUAGUGAUUUGCCUUGAAAACCCCAUUUCAACGUUAUAGUCAGUGAGCCCCUUAAUCCUGCAUCUCUGAAAAUGGGCACAAUGAAACCAAAACCAAAGUUCUUGGGGGCAGGGGUGGGGGGUGGGGAGCUUCUCCCUUCAAGCAUCGGUGUCUCUGGCAAGGCUUUUCUUGACUCCUCACUGGUUUUGCCAGAGCACUCCUUUCGAAAGGGCCUCUUCUUUUCCCAGCAGUUUUUCUCACACGGAUUAUAGAGAGCAGGCCUGUGCAGUCCUGUGGCCGUGAGUCUAGAGCAGGCUGUCCCGAUUUCCCACACACCUGCUCUCCCCCAUCCGUUCACUCUGCUCUGCCCAAACAGGAAAGAGAAAAGCCCCUACUGGGCCCAGCCCUGGUUUCUUCAGAUUCCCGCAGACUGCAAGAUGGGAUGCUCCCCUGCCAGAAGAUACCAAGAACAUCCUAGUUGCCUCCCUCAAGAGCCCACAGCCUUCUCUGAUUCCCCCUGGGCUCCCCUCCCUCCCUUCCACGGCCAUAGUCACCGUUGGGUAUGCAGUACCUUCCAAGGAUACAUUUCUAGUUACGUUUUUUAAGUGCCUAAGCAAGUUACAGACCUCUGGAACCUGCCAGAGUCGGCCUGUGCCCUGCCCCCAUCCCUUCCCCACCCUGCACUUAGCCCCUGGGGGCAGGGACACAUAGCUGCCCCUCUCCAGGGUCCCCCGGCGUUCUGCAGGAAGCUCCUGGGCAGGGCGACGUUGCCAUUGCCCUGUCAGGCUGGCUUUGUCACUCUUUCCUGUGCUGCUUUUUAGGGAUGUCUCUGUUGAUGGGGUUCCAGUCUCGGUUCAAAGAGAAUGUUAAGGAGCCCGCUUUGCGAGGUCUACAGCUACUGAGUGGGGAAGAUGGGGAAGAGCAAGUCAGCCGCAGAGCAGAAUUCAGUCUGUCUUUGUCCACAGCUGGAAAGUGCAUCCAGAUCCAAGAGGGCAAAGAGUCAGAUAAUCAUAGUUAAAAACACAAUGAUUCAUUUGCCAUCAUUAAUCACUGGAACCCUGGCUGCCUCUCCCUGUCCUCUCUUCCUAGAUUUGAGGGAUCAGGAUGUCUGCUCAGAAGGGCCUUCAUCGCUGGGGGUGAAGCAAGAUCAAAAGUGCGUCUUUGAAAAUGAGUGUGAGGUUAUUUGUUUGUUUCUUUUUUAAAGUAAUUGAAGUCUGACCUAAAUUCGGGGCCUUUAUUAUGUGGUGGGUGUACGACGAGUUAUUUUGUGACUGCACUCUGUUCACAUCACGGCACUAAGCAGCGCUCAGAUUUGUUGGUGCGUUAGAAAGUUUUUGCAAAAUGGACAAAUCCAUACCCAGGCACUUUAUUUUCAUCAAUAAUCCAGCGUUUUUGUUCAGACAAUGUAAUAACCCAAAUGGUGGAUUGUCACAUUUAACAGGUAUGGGCAGAUUUGCCAGAGGAAUUCUUUGGAUUUGGGUAGAGAAGGGAGGCGGGUUGAAGAAAGUGAUCCAAUGGGAGACCACUGCCGUGGUAGGGAAAGGGAGGCUGCUCUGGAGUGCGUCACACCAACCCGGAAUCAGGCCGUGCGCUGUCGCCCCGUCCUGCGGACGCUAGUGUGGACCCCUUCCCCGAGGGCUUGUCAGUGGCCCCAGGUGCGCAUGCGCAGGAGUGCCGCAGAGCAGGGGAACAGCCGUGCGGCCGGGGAACAGCAGUGCAGGGCAGCGUCCGGCAGAAGAGGCCCACUUGCUUCUCAGUGAACUGGACCUGAACACUCCGGCGCCCGCACAGUGCUGGGGACUCGUUCCCGUCGCAGAACCACGGGCAGCUCUGUCUGCCUGUUCAUGGCACGGGUGGGAACGAGCUGGUGCAGCAGGUUAUAAAAUGGAAAGUGAGUUUGACAGUCACAAUCUGAUCAUAUACCAUGGACCAGAUGCCUUGGGACUGCCUGAAAGACUUAGCGUCCACCAAAUACUCGAGUAUCUGCGACGGGCUGUGUGGGGUCCCUGCCAGAUGGGUUUGGGGCAGAGCGCCCUUCCCUGCCUUGGCCGUCGUGUGUCUUAGUCUUUGUGUUUCCCUUUGGCGUCUUCUGGUCUCUGUCCCCCAUCUUGUGCACCAUGUGUCCCUGAGGGGAGUCGCACCUGUGUCUGAGUCUGCUGUAAGGUGUUCAGUCUACCUCAAGGGGUCAUCAUGGUCAACUCUGUCCCGUAGCAAUCCUCUGACAUCGCCACACACACUGGAAUGUAUAUCUGUCCCUGGCCCUGCCUUCCCUGUCAGUAACCUCCUGACCCCAUCUUUCCUGUAAUCACCACAAACUCCUAGUGCAAAUUGGAUGCUGCUUUAAAUGUGAAAACAAUUGUUCAAAAGCUAUAAAACCUGAAUGAAAGCUAAAGCUGAAUUUAUAAGCCUUGUUGCAUAUGAGCCAAAAGUGCAAAAAGCUCUAUAUAAUGAACUAACCUGCCACUCGUAUAAAUAUAAAUAUAUAUAAAUAUAUUAAAAUCAGACUGUUCUACAAAAUUGUGUAUUUGUAUUUUUGUGUACGUACAAUUUUCUGCUAAGCAGAAGGAGGAUGUAGUAUAGGAUGCUGUGAGAAGAGAUUUGGUUUAAUCCUAUUUCUUUGUUACUUAUUUUUGUUAACAUCAGAUGCCUGUCUUUGUCUUAUAUGUGUAUGACACUGUUUGGAAAGCUGCAGUAUCUCUCUUCCUUAGGUCCAGAGUCUAUUAGAUAAGGAAAUCUGGGGUUUAGAGAGUUUUCCAGGCCACCGAACAUGGAGAGGUGGACAGAGCUUGGCUCUCUCCCUGCCCAGGAGCUGCUCCUGGUCCUGAGGCAGCAGUGAGGCAGGGCACGGCCUCUGGGAAGUAGAAUCCCACUUCUAGAAAGCAACUUCCAAAACAAAAGAUUGUCAGAUCUCUCUAACGUAAGACUCCACGGGGUCCGUCAGGAGGAGAUGCAGGACCUCUCAGUUCUGGGCCCAAAGUCUGCCCAGAAAGUAGCAGGGGGCUCUGCCUGGCUCCAGUGCCCAGCUCACGGGCCGUCCCUGGGCUCUGUGUCCCUCUUCCGAGUAGUUGCUGCCUUUUUCAGAUCAGGUUACCAAAACGCCUCCCCUCUGCUGAGCUGCUGGCUUCAUCACCCAGACCUCCAGCCCCAGUUCCCUGGAGCAUCUCAGAACCCACUUUCCCGGUGCUAACACACAAGAGGGGGGCAAAGUGGCUGCCAGUAAUGGCCAGAAACCAACCAUCUGAGAGGCCAGGCCGGAAGACAAGCUCUGUGCGCCCAGGGUGGUCGCCUUUCCCCGGGCCCGGGCCCCACCCCCGCUGCCCACCACCUCUCCGCCCCACAGCAGUCCCUCUUGGCGUGAACCUUGUCCAGGGAGAGCGAUACUGCACCUUCACCUGUGGGACUCAUAUUUAUAACAAUGUGUAAUGACUGUAGCAGAAAGCCCUUGUUUCUAGAUGUAAAUGGUCAAAGAAACAAGUGCUCUAUUGUAUUGAUUAAAAUAGUUCAAAUGAGUCCUGUAUCAUUGUAUCUCCUAUUCUGGAUUAGUGCCUUUUGGACAGUAGACUGUUCUGUAAUUAAAAUGUAGUAUACUGCUUUUUUGUACAGUUUUGUUUUAAUAAAACUUUUUUUUAAUUUGUGUUUAUUUUAGUAUUGUACCUAUUAGAGAAUAAAACGUAUAACU